CAACACGUUAGUUCGUUGUCUUACUGCUAAUCACAAAAUAACGGCCACUUUAACGAAGGAUAAAGAUUCGCUGCGAUUGUACUUGAAAAUUUUUCCGCCUUGAAAAAAUCUUAUAUCUCGAAACUGGAACUGAUAUUCUUGUGGGAAUGAGAUCAGGAUGAUUUCUUGUUCUGCGGAAAUAGAGAGGUAAUUUUAUUAGAUUUUUAAAAAGUGUUCUAUGAUGGAAUUGGUGAGCUCAUACAAUAUUAAAUUUUGAAAAUAUUUUGCUGUCAUUUAAGGAAACGGCAAUCCAUAUCUAUCUUCUUGUACAUCAACAACUCUCUGGUAAAGUUGGUUCUCCAUUCGUUAAAAAUUUUUUGUAAGACACAUCAAAUUUGUACUUUUAAAAUUACUUAUGCGAAAGCAUUUUUAAACUUAAGGGGUAACAAGUUGAACUUACUGAUAACUAAUAUUGUUUUUGUUUUUCACAGAUGUGGAGUCAAAGCUUGCUAAUCUUAAUAUUUACACCUUGUUCAAAAAGCUCGUAACCAUCGAAAGCGGAAUUAUACGUUCUACAUAAUUGUCUUUGUUUUCAACAGGUGAGUUGAAUUAAGCAGCAGGGGCCGCAAAUCGAAUGUUAACGAUUUUAAAUAUCGCGGUUGUAUGCGUUUUAACCCCCUCCUUCUCUAUUAAAGUUGUCAAGCUGACGAGACAAAUAUAAUUAGUAAUGACUCUACACAGUUCGGCGAUGAUUUUUAUUUCUUUUAAACUAAAAAGAAUCGGUUUUAUCGGUAUUGCUUGAAACAAUUAUUGGAUUUGAACUAAUUAAUCUGUCUGGCACUUUAAUUUUAUAUUUUUGGUUUUCGAAUAUAUUAAAGUGCGAACGGGCUAUUGACUGGUACACUCGAAGGUAAUGUUCAUUUUUUUAAUGGAUAAUUACAAUACCACGGGUUGUUGGAUAAUCCAAAACCAACUUCAGUCAUAAAAAAGUAGUAGAAAUGGCAAAAAUGGAUACAACACUUUAAAAGGGUGAGCGAGUCAAAAUCGUUGUAGAAAAGAACUUAACUUACAGAAUAAUUAACUUGUUGACUCCUUGAAGUUUUAGCAGAAAAACUUAUUUUCAAGACUUUUGGGGCACGUUUUCCGGUAGUGUAGCGCGUUUGUAACCGCUAUCUUGACAAACAUAUGAAAACUAACAUGGAAAAAUAUGGAUGUAGAGUGCGAUUUUCCCUGUUUUUACUCAGGGGUAGUAGAGCGAGACAACACGCGAGGGCGCGUGAAAAUUGUCAACACGAGGAGAGGCGACACGCGGAGGGAAAAGAAAUCCUUCCGGAUGGCGAUUUCAGGUUCGCUGGCGUAUUUUUCUUGCUCUGUGAAAGGUUUGAACCCAGGAAUACUUUCAUAAGCAGGUUGAGUAUAAUCGUCCGGGUGUACGUAGUCCUGAGUACGACUGUUGUUGACCGGAGUGACUGACGUCUCGACAACCUGUGCGGUAGUCAUCUUCAGGGUUAAAGUGAGUUGUAUCACGUCAGUCAGAGUUUAUUAAACUCUGUUUAUUGAUCUGAUUGGUAUAUUAACUAGCGAUGUAACCUCCUCUGCUUCUUUGGCUCGAGGGGAAUAAAAAUAACGCCUGAUACAUUCAUUUAACAAGCCAUCAACCGCCCCGUAAUUUACAUAAUCUAACGUCUGCUUGACCUGUCGUGUUAUUAGCCAAUCAGCGUUUACCAUACGAGAAUCAAAUUUUGGCGGGAAUAAUGUCUCUUUCCAAAUCAAUUUUGAGGAAAACAAAAUCGGCCAUGAAGACUCGUAAGGUCAUUUCUUGUUUGGUAUCCCUGAAGGCAGAGCUGAAGGCAGUCAGUCUACGGUGGGCUCCUGGUCUACGCUAGAUCCUCAGUACUCCAACAUCGCUCAAUCUCAGCAAUAGGGAGCUUAAACAAAGGCGUUUUUCACCGUACGUCAACCGGAAGUGAGAACUUUUUCAUAUAUAAAAUGAAUUGACAAUGCCAAAUUUAUAUUUCUUAGUCUCUUUCUUAUCAUAGUACGAUUUGUCCAGAAAUUUGGGCGAAAAUGCCGCUCAAGAAUGAAAAAAGUCCAUUGCCAGUUGAGGUGCGUCGCUCAAAAACACCUUUCCUUAAGGUUAUCAUUAGAUCCCACCGACCGUAGCCCCUUCGGAUACCUCAUGAAAUUUACAUAACGUGGGUUAAGCAUUGCUUCUACUGAUUAGGGUUAAGCAAGGUUAAGCACUGUUUCGUAACUGGUUAUAGGUUCUUUUUUGGGUUGGGGUUGAUGCUCUAUGUACUUAAAUUAUUUCCCCACCAUCCAUCAGAUCCGCGGUGGUCUAGUGGUUAGCGUGAUAUACUGGGCUUUCUGGGUCGUGGGAUCAAAUCUUACUGCUCUUCAUAUCAAUUUUUUUUUUCCAAAUUGAAGAGACUUCCACUCUCAUGAACAUUUCCAGCUUGAAAUAUCAUCUCUAAGUGGGAUAUAAAAGCAGAAAACAGUUCUAAGGGAAGAAAGGGGCUACGGCCGAUGGGAUCUAAUGCUCACCUUUAAAUUUGCUUAAGUUUUGUAUUCUCAGCGACCUGAGGCAGGUGCUGGUCAUUAGUUCUCUCUAUAAGCACGAUCACUUUGGGAUCGGCCCUACGUGUACAUCAUAGUGAAGUGUCCUCCUGAUAGAAAGCCAAAGAAAGGGGCUGAAGCUACGUUUACACUAUACCGUAUAGUAUGAACAGCAAGAGAACAAAACUGAAACAAGUCCUUCACACACAUCGAACAUCGCACCGGAGCGGUUGGCCGAGAGGGUUUGUGAACUAAAUCCCAGUCCUCUCUCCUGAAUAUUUACUUCCGUCUCAGUGGAUUCCAGUUCUCGCUUUUAUUUAUUCACUUCCGGUACGGUCCGAAUACCCGGUCACACUGCACCAUGUGACGCUCCACUUUCCAAAUCGCGCCGAAAUCCCCGUUCUUAUGUGUGAACAGAAGUCCUAUCCGGGUGUGGUUUUCGCGCCUGCGCAAAAGCUAUCUGGUAUAGUGUGAACAAAUCCUAAGGAACGGCAAGGAACUUAUCUAGGUGUACUCUUAGGGAGAUACCGUAAAAUUCCGAGAAUAAGCCCCUCCAUGUAUAACCCCCUCCAAAUAUAAGCCCUCCAAUCCGGUAACGCAAAAAACCCUCCGUUAAAUCGCCUCUCCAAAUAUAAGCCCCACGGGGGAUUGUACUUGGAAAGUUGCCCUCAAAAACACAGUAAAACAAAGCAAAAACGGUAAAUUUACUUCCAACUAUGAGCCUAGCCCAAUAGAUUUUGAGACGCAAAUUUCCCUCCGUAGAUAAGCCCCUCCGAAUAUAAGCCCCUCCAAAAAUAAGCCCCUCAAAAAGGGCCUUUGAAAAAUAUAAGCCUCGGGGCUUAUUUUCGGAAUUUUACGGUAUACUUUAAGAGACAGUUUACCAGAUACUGUCCCCAUGUUUUUGUUGUUAUUCUACCGUCAACUCUCUCUAAGACGGACAACUUUAGGACCGGCAAUAAGUGUCCGUCUUAGAGCGAUGUCCGUCUUAUAGAGAUGUCAGUCAAAUAAAGGGAGGAAAGAAAGGUAGGGACCAACUCUAGGUGUCCGGUGUACCAUGAUGUCCGUCUUAUACAGGUGUCCGGUAAGAGAGACUGAGUAGUCUCUAUCAGACGCGGAUCUAGGAUAAAUACUGACCGAUUUCCUAAACGAGGGGCCGAGGGAGCAAGCUUCUAGGGAAGCCCGGGGGCAUGCAAAAGUUCCCUUUCCUCGGUUUCUGUCUAAUGCCCGGAAACUGGAAAAAGAAAACAUUUGUACCUGUAGACCAUUUUUUGGAUUUCAACUUGGAAAGUUCUACUAUUAUUAUUAAAAAUAUGUUUCUCAGGAAAAAUCUGACCGAUUUCCGUAAAACGGUGGAAACCGGUGUGGAUCCGAGCUUGUCUAUACACAAAUCAGAAGCCGAGGAAAUGCAUUUUCGUGCAUUUUCUUUCAGUUUACUCCUCGCACGAACCUUAAGGGGAAAAAUUGGUCUUUUACCUCACUCACCCCUUAAUUUUCAAAACUUACGAUAAAGCAAUUGAGAAGAAAAGGAUUUAAACAUUUAGUAAAUUUAUUUCCGAUCAACUGCUAGAAGAAAUAAGAAAUGUAUGUUCACUUUAGCCGCGACUCAGGCGAAAGGUUCCGCGUUUCUUCAAUUUUGUAAUUUUCGAGGUUCAUUGUGUUUGAUGUGCCCUCAAGGGACGGAAGACACCAUGUCUUAAAUGUUACACUUCAUUAAGAUUUCCAUGCGGAAUUUGCCCAGCAUUAGAUAAAUCUUCGCGGAUCUUUCAGUGACAAGAGAUGCAGUUAGCGAGUUCGUAUCGUCCAGUGCAGGAUUUGAUCCAUAGUGGUUUGAAUUUAAGUUCUUUAAAGAAACUAUGACCCAGGUAAGUCAGGUAAGAUCCGCGCGCUUUGACCCUUCUCUGACCCCAGUGCUUUCUCGUUUGCUUUAAACACACGAAAAGUUUGGUGUUUACAUUGCUCUUGUUACGCUAGUUGGAGAAGCAACUGUUGGCAGGUUCCGCUUAGUACUGGAAAUCUGCCCACUACAUGCAACGUAUUCUGCAUGCUAGUGAUCCUUUUUUGUCAUCGUUCCUGCGCCGCUUUUCAAAUAUUCCCACGUCCUUGCUGACGUUUGUUGAAUUCCGGUUGGGUUUAGAAUACUUUUUGAAAUUCUUAGUUCCACUCUUGAAGUGAUUUCUACUUCGAACCAGGGUGGGGUGGGGUGGCCUCGACAGAGUGACUUUGCGCUUUUGUGGCAAUUAACACCUGCAGAGGCCUAUUUUGGGCUACUGACACAUGUGACGUUUUUUUAGUUUUGAUAAAGAUGGCUGUCAGUCAUCGAAACUGUCAGGAAAAAUUAGGAUUUUUCUAUCGGGCUAUACUGUAAGAACAUUUGAAUAGAUCUUGCUUCGUUCCACUUUUUAACUAAGGCCACUCACCAGGUCGCUCUUAUUUAUUUGAAAGAGCGUAGUUACAGCUCACUGACUACCGCACAGGUUAUGGACUUCUGAGUUCAGACUAUUCACUGUGAGCACAGGUAGCCUAAGCUCGAAAUAUGAGCAUCGGCGAGCAUCGGCAUUGUUGCGUAACAUUCGAAAUAUUAGGAUUUGUGUGGGGGAAAAAACCUAUCGUUUCUGUAACCUACGAGCAUGAAAGGAUUUUAAUAAAAAAAACGCUUACUUUACAUAAAAUGUGUGUUACGGUCACAGAAACGGUAGGUUUUUCCCCAUACAAAUCCUUAUAUUUGGAAUGUUACGCAACGAUGCCAGUGCUCGCCGAUGCUCAUAUCUCGAGCUUGGGCUACCUGUGCUAUGAUUUUGCUACUUAAUAUUUGAAAUACUAUAGUUACAAUUCACUUUGACUCUCAGUGUAGAUGACUACCCCACAGGUUGUCGAAACGUCAGUCACUAUCAACAGGACUACGUUCACCGGGACUACCAUAUUCCUCUUACUUAUUAAUGACAUGACUCCUGGGCUUAAACCAUUUUUUUGUGAGUGUAGUUACAAUCGCAGACCUAAUAACGAACUGUUCCGCGGCGUGAUAUAAAGAAGAGCCAAGGUGGGGUCUGAAACAAUGUAUCGUUAUAAAGGGGCCUUGUUAGAUCGGUUCCAUGCGCGUUCUUGUUCUUAGAGGGAGACAUUGGGGGGGUACCCAAUACCGCAAUACCGCAAGAAAAAUUGGCAAAUACCGAAAUAUCGUGUGGAAAAUCGACGAAAUACCGAUACCGCAUUUAUGAUCGGUCAUGCUUAUAAGACUUAUAAAACUUCAGCCAUUGCGAGAAAACGUAAAAUCACAAAUUUAUCAUUGCAACGAUCGAAAAGCCUGGUCAUUGUAUGCAGCAACAAUUUCAUUGUGCAUUAACUAUCAUUUAUUAAAGGAGCUGAGUCACGAGAUUCAGCCUAAUUAGGUAAUUACAAAAUGCCCGUUAAAUUAAGAGAAACGUAAAAAAAACCCCGCUUAAAUCAUUAAGGGAAGGUUAAAAUAAAACAACAGAUACAACAGAUGCCACGGAUGGGCAAAACUGAAGAAGAUUGAAACGGAUUGAAAUUAGGGUUUUUGAAAACUGUUCAGCCUAACAGUUUUUCAGAGUUGAUCUCUGCUGUUUGCAACUUCAAAAAUACUGCUUAGGAGACAUACUUGUUUGUCUCGAAUCUCUGAUUUUGUCAUUUACAUGUAAAUUUCUUUGCUUACUUUAAGUUCCAUAGCGACUGAGGGCGAGUAACUGGCAAAAUUAAACAAAAUUAUCUGGACUCCCGUGACACAGCCCCUUUAACCCGUAUAGCUUACAUUGUUUUGCGCUGCGUAUUGUAUUGACAUGUUUUAGACAGGUGAGUGCAUAUGAACGGUACCGCAAUACCGUGAAAGAGAUCUUUUACCGAACACCGUCAUCCAAAAGGAUGAAAAACCGCAUACCUCAGGGCUAGAUGAUAUCGCAAGACCGCACAUUAAAAUCAAAAUUACCGAAAUACCGCUUGAAAAAAAUCUCAAUACCGCAAUACCGUAAACUCCAAUGUCCCCCCUCUUCUUAUACCGGAGGCGGAAAAUGUUGUACCGAGGUUUCCCUUCAAAAUACUGUAACAGUAAUUACGCGCGACUAAGAACCUGUUAAGCUAAAAUUUGCUAGUUAGGCCCCCUACAUAGAACAACCAAUUUAGCCUAAAAUUUGAAUCAGGUUUUUAUUUUCUUAAAUCUUUAAAAAAAGUCUGUACACUUGGGCACAUAAGAUAAGUCAACAUAAUUCGGGAUCCUCUAUGGAGACAUCCGUCUUAUCUCUCCAACUGCAAUACAGUGGUAUGCAGAUGAUACAUGAUGUGAUGUAUUUUUUUGCUUCCGAAAAUAAGAACGUAUUUAUGAUCCUAAAUAGCCUAAAUUUGUGCUAAUUUUCAUUUAUAUAAGAACCGGUUUACGCUAACUUAGAAAUUGCAGGUUCUUAGUCGCAGGUUUUCACUGUACCCGUACAUUUUUGUACAAGAAAACCCUGUUGAUGCGGUCUCUAGCCAGAUUAUAAAAUCCAAUAAUAGUCGUUUAUGAAUUCACCUUGUUAAUGAGGUCCCUGAAACCAUAUCUACAUCCUAAAGGAAACACAGGUGGCAAAAAAUUGAAUGUCAGCGUAACUGAAUACAUGUGUAAUAUAAAUAAUGAUGUUCUUUAAAAACUGAAAUUUUGUAUAAAACGACACCGUGUCGUCCACUUCUAAAAUAGCAAAAGUCCAGGGCCCAGUUGUUCGAAACGUAGAUAACGCUAUCCACUGGAUAAAUCUCCAUCUGGUGGAUAAUAAUUUAUCCGUUGAAUGGCGCAAUCCAUCGUAUGAACCAAAAUUCAGCAGUCUGGUGGUCUGUGAUUAGUCAUUGAUCAUUGCUUUCGAUCAAUGAGUAAUCGAUGAAUAAUUGAUAGGACACAAAAUUGUCGGUCAUUAAUGACAUAAAUUAAUCAUCGAUAUAAUCUUCUGGCUUCGAACACCGUACCAAAGUAGAAAAUAGUUCUGCAAGGCGCAUGUCAAUGCUCAAACUUUAUAACUUACAUGCAUAGCGCACGGUACACAUUUUCGCGAGUAAUCAAAUUCACCCAUUUCAUUAAAUAACCGCGAGAUAGAAAGCAUUUCUCCGGCGUGGUGCUAACUUCACUUAUUAAAAAUUUGCACGUAUAUUUUUCCCCGGCGUAGUCAAUCGAACAAAACCGAACCAAAAAUCACUCGAAAACCCAGUCGGUUGGAUUGUUGUACGACUGGUUCGGUAAUCGAAGAUAAUCGAACUGGAACUUUUCGGUGAGUUCGAUUAAUCGAACUCGUGAGUUCGAUUACCGAACUCAAUCGAACCAAUCGUACUCAAUCGCCGCGAUUAAUUCGAUUUUGUUUGACAGAAAGACAAAACGCAUGCAGUUUCAAUUGAAUCGGAAAGAUCUCCCUCUAGUAUGUAUUUGAAGCUGUUUGAAAACAAAAAUAUUUAAAUUAACCCGGAAUUAACUAAAAUCUUUAUUGUUUAACACUUUCACUGCCAGAGUGCGUGAUGGAGUUUUGUAAGGUGACUCUAACUUUUGAGUCUGCGGACGAAAUCCUCUGAUGUGACUAUUCAAAUGAAAACUCUUCAGCAUUACUUUCACGCGGUACUAUUUGUUUUUCAAAAUUUUACAAAAUGAAAUUUGGAAAUCUUGUCGAAAUUUGCUUUUGGCUACAUUUGGCAGUGAAAGGGUUUAGAGAUUCAAAAUCGAUACUGGGAAACAUGCAAGCACAGGCACCAGUUCUCGUUGCAAAUGUCCAAGUUGGCCGCGGCCAUCGUCAGUUAACUUCAGAGCUGGAUCUCCCUUUUUCUUCUCAGAAUGAACAAACUUGUCACCGACACUGGCGGCGAAAGCGGGCACUCGUGGUAGCCUUUAACCAUCGUUUCCUGAAUUUUUCACGUUUUCCGUCCUCUGUGACAUCUUUGCGUACUCGUGUUUGAAAUUGAACCCAAUGCAUAACUUAUUUGAACGCAACGCCUUUUGUUUGAAACCAGAUGAAACUGGUUUUAUGUUUGAUUGUUGCAUGCAGUGCUCGAUUACCAAGUAUGUUCGAUUGUGUUCGAUUGGCAAAAUUUUGGGGUGAGUUUGAUUAAAUUCGAUUACCGAACCCAAUCCAAGGCGACGUUCCAUUGACUACGCCGGGGUUUUUUGACUCUCAAUAACAGACAGGAGAGUAAUCUAGACUACUUAACCAUCUGAAAAUUUUGUUUUCGUUAUUUUUACCUUCCAUGAAAUCAAUUUUUGAUUUUUGACGUUUAAGAUAAUGAAAACGAAACUCUUAGUUCCGUGCUCAUUGUUCAUUGCUUCCGAGGGCUGUGGUAAUGUUAAACAAACCUUAUCCAUCCUGUUUUGAUAACUUUCAACUAUCAUGUAUACGUGACGUAAUUGUGGCUACUUUCGAUGGUUCUUAUUGUGUUUGGAAACCGCACAGAAUGUAUGCUACUUUUCCUCUUUACCGUGAUUUUUAAACACCUGAACUGUUACAUAAACAUCCGAAGGUAAUACGCUGGCCACGUUUGCAUAUAAAAAGAGCAAAUGUACGUAAAUGAGCGAAUAAUGGACCAAAUUUUAUUACUUCCUAUUUCAGAACGAGGCCAUUAAAAAACUGCCUUCGGGUGAUAUAAAUUUCCGCAUACAUAUCAAAAUAUGACCCGCGAGCGAUUCGUAAAAACUUUGAAUACAUUUACAGUUGACUCUCUCUUAACUGUCACCUCUAUAAGACGGAAACCUCGUUGAACGAACAUCUCGAGUUGGUCCCUUUCUUUCUUUGCUCCCUUUAUUUGACUCUUUGUAAGACGGACACUCUUAGACGAUCACUUAGUGCUCAUCUUAAAGGUGUCGGUCGUAGAGAUGGUUGACUAUAUUUUUAUUCAGAACUUGACUAUAAACCAUUUUUAAUACACUGAAGCAAUUGCAUGCAUUCUUACACAGUAUAACCACUGGUGAAUAGGUUAUAAUGAUAAAAAUUACAUCCAAGUUAACAAUUCAUUUUUUAAUGCCGAGAAAAGACUACAUAAAUAACAAUACACACACAAAAACGUGACCAACUAUUUAUUUAUAAAUUUAGACCACUUCUCAGAUCCUUAGGACAUAUUGAUCAACUUUGCACUUUAAUUUGCAACUACAGCCAUCGAAUACCACAACUCUCGAGGUUUGCUUUCAUCCGUGCUUCACCCCAUGAACUUGCUGACUCUUGAGGUUGUUUUGAUGUAGUGAACAAUGUUUGUAAGCGGCGAAGCACUUUUGUGAAGUGAAUGAACUAAAAUGUUUUAUUUGUAUUUUAUUGUGAUCUCUGGAAAAGAAAGCAACUCUAUAAUUCCUAGAAAAGAAAGGGAGACGAGACCACUUUAACCCCGGCGGAGAUUGAACUGUCGACCUCUGGAAAAGAUCUACUAGCAAUUUAGCCGAUUGAGAUGGGUAUUAAUGCUGACGUCGGGCGAGGCUAGGUUAAGCAACUUGAAGAAUUAAUAAAUGAUUAACAGCUAAGUCUGCUUUUAUGCGGAUGCAGCGUAAAAAUUGGUGACCCCUAGCCCAGUGGAGACUCUUUUCUAGCUUGGAGAGUAGAGAAACAUGCUUGCAGCUUAAUUUUAUGGAGGAUAGCGUGUAUACUGUCAUGCCUUAUGACGUGUACAGGCCAUGAACUUUAAACGUGCUUCACUGAAAGACUCUUUUCGCCGAAUCAGCCACUUUCAGUCUUAAAGUGCAUGAAUUGUUAAAUCCUUUGUUGCUAUCUUUAUCGACUUUUACAGAUUUGCGAGCAAUAUUCUGGUUAAGUCCUUAAAAUAACACUCCGCUAUAAAAAGAGACUUUCAAUAGGGUUUAUCCCUGGUCAAUAAACAGUUCGGUUAAAAAUUCCCUUUAGUCAGCAAACAGCAAAAAACUAGUGGACUUAUUCAGUUAAUUACCAGAAUGUAGUAUGAUUUGUUACGCUUUUAAGCCAGCUCAACGUUAAAGACGAUCUUAAAAUUAAAGUUUCAACCAAGUAUAGUGCGGGCUAACAGAUUUGUCAUAAUAUCAUGUGUCAGUCACGAAGGACACGGAAAAAAUAACAAACACAAACAACGGGUUUUAAAAAUAAGGUAGGUUACAUAAGAUAAUAGACUAUUGCACAGAAAAAACAAGCUAAUCCUCCCAGAAAAUGUUCAAAAGUUGGUUUCACACGAUUCCUUAUUUUUUUAUUCGGUUAUAACAGAAAAAAGAUCUUCGUUAAAAGCUUAACAGCUACCUCAUUGACACCCUCAAACAACAUAAUUUGGCGGGAACGUUAGGUUUUGUCAGCGUACGAUCAGCGUACACCAGUUGGGUACUUAAAUAAACCAAUCACAGAGCGAAACGUUUUAUGUGAGUGAGAUUAAAUAAAAAACAAAUCUCCCACUUCCUCGUUGCUUAUUCUUAAUCACAGUACUUCCGAGAGCUGACGUCAUAUUUGAGAGAACGUUUGGUCAAUUUUAAGAGGUUCUUCUUUAAGAUUUUGUAGUGAGCUCUCUAACACGUAAAUGCCUUUCUCUUCUUUAAAAGAUUAACUAUUGUAUUUACAAGAGUGAUUUUAGAGUAUAAAUCCCUAGUAUUGUAACAUUGUCUUCUGCGGUCUUCUAGAUCAUGAUUAGGUACGUCACCCAGUAAUUUAAAAAUUUGUAAGAAACAUGUCCCGUUUCAUAACGUAAAGUAUAUCUUCUUUCCGCUUUGACUUGUAUCUUCGAGCGUUAUUCAUUUCACAAAAUCUAAGAUCUUGAAGCUGUCAAAGUUGCGAAUUGAAUAUGAAUUUCUCUUUGGAUCGAAGAGUGUGAUUUCAUUAUCCGACAAGGACGACAUCAGAAAAACUGGUGGCCAAGAUUGUGAAAUUGAUCUAAGCGGCUUCAUCGUCACUGGACUGAAAUACUAACGGAGUCUUUGCGUAUCGUGGUGAUUGGCUAUAAUGUCAGAAGUGUUGUUAGCAAAAAAGGAGGGAACACGCUGACAAAAAGUGGUAAAGCAACCUGCAUGGAUAAAGAAAACUGAGGUAAUAGCAUUACUUGGCCUACAGUUCUACUCAUUCUAUUUCAUGAGUUUAUUUUCCUUGUUCAGGUAAUUGUUAUGGCAUAUCUUUUUCCCAUCAAAUUUUUUGCUGUCCGAAACUAUCCGUCCCCGCUAUAAGCCGUUUAUUUUUGCGAAAUUAGUCUCUGAAUUCUAAAUCAUCAACCUUUGGCGACGAAGUGUUUCAGUCCGCUCAGAUGAAUUUUCACUUGAAUUUUGUUCUCCGCUCCCGUUUGCCCCAAACUGUUUAAUUUGUUCUUUUAGACUACCACAUAUUCACGUGAGCCCUCGACGACUCUCGUGGGUUCUCGAAGUGUCUCGGGCGCUUUCGAAUUCUCUCGUGGGCUUUCGGUUACUUUGGUGCAUUCAGCUAUGAACUCUGACAAUGCUGAAUCUUUCGGCUUUUUAGAAAGCUCGAACUCUUGUCAACUCUCCUCAAUUCUCAAGAGAGGAUAUCCUCUCUUGAGUCAAGCAUAAUAUUUCUUGUGUCUGCACGCAUUUAUUAAGCCUGAAACAACCUCUACCGAUGCAAGAACCUUCUGUUAAUUUUAUUAUUAAACGAUAAAGUGGCAAAUUAACCCUUUGAAUGAAAAUUGUAUUCAUACAUAUUAGUGUGAAUUAAAUAGAAAGCUUUAUAUUUUCCUCUUCAAUAUAAAAAGUAUGUGUUUACUCAUUUACCCAUUACGGCAAGAAAUUAUGAAUGUUGCUGUAGAAAACCGUCCUUGCUAGGCACAUUGCAGAAAAUGCUAAAGCUGAAAGGCAUUUUAUUCCCGGUUACCGCUUUAAUUUACAUUUAAUUCCUUUCCGCUUCGGUAACAAGAAAAUUGUGUUUUAUUUUGGCUGUAUUGACUUAAAAGGAUAUUAAUCAUGGAAAUCAUUACAUAGUUUUUGUUUUCGUCUUCAGCGGAAUAAAAAAAGGUGCUUGGAAGUGUAAAGUGAUAGAAAAAAUAGCGGAUUGUACUGUCCUCCAAUUUUUUAGGCAUAAAUUUCUCUAUAAAUGCAAGUUGUAGGUCUUUUUCUUUUUCUUCAAUUCGGAAGGAAUAUCAAAUAAACUGACGUUGAUUGAUGCCAGAGAAGUGAGAAAUAAACUCGUAAAAGCUCCUCAAGUAAAUUAUUUACGAUUUGGUUACUUUGAACUAUACCCACUUUGCUGGAUGUUGGAAUUUAGAAAGCGCUGGAAAUCAUUCUUCUAUAUUUAAUGUUUGCCGUACAUUGCUUAGAAAUUGUAGCAAAUCAACCCAACAUGGUUCUAGUUAUUCUCUUUGCAGUUCUGCUUGCAAAAGUGUCGUCAUAAUAGGAGAAAUUAAUCAUUGAUUCAUUGCUUUGUAUUUAAAAUCGUAAAAUGCCACAUAAUGCGAUUAAUUAAUGUAGUCUCCGAAAGUUCUCGAUGGAGGGAGUUGUUCAGCACGAAGGAAGAUAAAAUAUAAAUGAUAAAAUAUUCCGCUUGGAUUGAAGGAAGACGUGGGCGUUUUGGCAUUGUUAAAAUAUUUGCGGAUCGACGAAGCCUCAAAGCCCUGAGUCAUUGAAAAAAGAAACUUCGAUUCCUUGCUGCAGGUUUGCCAUAUUGUCAAAUUACAUGUUUCCUGUCAUAUGUUUCUGCAAAAGUUCGUCCUCUCUACAUUUGAUCAUGAGUUAGGCAUGCUUUCAGUCAAAAAGUAAUAUUUUCUCCUUUUUGGCAAAAACGAAGAGCUGUUUAAAAAGUGAAUCCUAUAUUUUACUGUUUUUCAUUAGAAAUUUUAUUGCCUUGUGUUGUUUGGCACACUAUUUUACCCACUCAUCUCAUUUUGUAGAGUCAGUUGAAUUUUAAAGACUUUUCUAUCACUUGUUUAUAAUUACGUACCUCGAAAAGGAGUUGUUCCAUUUUCUCUGGAACUAUCAUUUACUCCAACUUACUGAUGUCAGAUAAUUCCCGGGCUUAAUUUGAGUAAAAACUCCUGAGUAUCGUAAUAUAUAGCUAUGAGCGGAAACUUGAGAAGAUUUUAAAUGGUUUUGUUGUUUGCCUUCCCCAAUAUCCAAAUGUUUUUUGACGUGUUUAGAAUGUUAUUAACUUAAUGCGAUGACUUGUUUUUGAUAGAGUUGUUACAAGUGCACCUCUUAUAAUUUGUUAAAAGUGAGCGAAGCGAGAUUGCGCAGCGACCGAGCGAGCGACGAACCAACCAGGAAAAAAAAAGGACUUUGAGAAAGUGAGGGCGGUUAUUUUAGAUAGGAUGAUGAUAAUAGUAAAAUAAUAAUAAUAAUAAUAAUAAUAAUAAUAAUAAUGAUAAUAAUAAUAAUAAUAAUAAUAAUAAUAAUAAUAAUAAUAAUAAUUUAAAAAUAUUUUAUAAAAACUACACACAAAACUUCUGUAAAAUAUUCAUAAAAAUAAAACUUCCACAUCAAUAUUAUAUAAAUACAAAUUUCCGGCAAAACCCCUUCACAAUUCAGAAUUCUAAGAUACUAAUUAAAAACUAAAUAUAUGUCCACGAUAGAAAACUAUUUACAAUUGUGAAUAAUUUAAGAGUGGGAAAAGGAAAAUCAAGAAUUACUCAGAAAAAAACUAUCAACAAUAGUAAUAGUAAUAAUUGUUAUCACUAUAAAUCAUAAUUAUAGUAAUGAUCAUAGUUACAAUAAAAACAAUAAUUGCAAUUUAAUUAGCUUCCAUACCGCAACAAUCGACAAGCCUAAUAAAAGUUCAUGCGACAGACUUUAGCCAAGUCCGAUGACGUUGAUAUUCAUUCCAGGCUCGAAUGUGCGAGAAAAGUAUUUUUUGUUUGUUUUUGGCAUCGCAAUCCUUUGCUCUCCAGCAAGCACAUAUUUAUGUAAGUGUAUGGUUUGAUUUGAUGACCUCAGAUAAAGGAAACGACAUACUUCUGGAAUACCACCCAUUGAGAGUAACGUUCUAGAUGUCAAGAGUCCUUAUACAGUAACCUCAACGCCUCAUGAAUUGCCGGAUGGAAAUGUUUUGAAUGAAGUUCCAAACAAAGAGAUCACGAACGACUUUAUUGAGAUUUUUUUGAGAUUGUGUCAUAGCACUGCAAGGAUGCGUCUCUAAAAAUACGCGCCUUUUUUCGCUCAGGUCAUCUGGUGUGUUGCUCACGUUUGAUUUGCACUCUAAAAAUAGUUUUUAUCAUUGUUAAAGGAAGCUUGAGAGGAUUGAACUAGGUUUUCCUUGGAUUUAGUAGUUCGCUGCCCAAGUAAACGAAGACACAGGAGCAGGAAAAAUUUCAGUGAGUUCUCAGUGUGAAAACUCUUCAUGUUUUCACACUGUUUUCACAGACUCUGUACUGCCUUUUGGUAAUUUAGUCAUGUAAAAAAGGAAGAGUGGCUAAUCAGGGUGUCCUUAAGUUUAGUUAAGUCGACAAAGCCGUUGUGAAUUUUUGGAUAAGAGUUCGUAUAUUCAGUUGUCCAAGAAUUGUGGAUAUUACACAUUACGCCUGCCUAUAUGGUAAAAUGCGCUUUGUGUGGUUUUUGCACUCAGUGAUACGGGAAAUAAAUCGUCAUAUCAUAUUCCAUUCAAGAACGUAUUCUCCUCUAACAAAUCAUGCGUACAUUCUUUAGACACCAGCUCUUAUUGACCUCAUUCACUGUUAAAUACGCUGACUAAACCAGAGUCUGCCAGCAAUGUGUUUUUGCACUUAAAGUUCUACGAAGAAUUAACAAUUAUUGGACGAGGUUGAGCAAAAUAUCGUGAUUUGUCAGUGGCGAGCAGAUCAACUAUUUGCCGAAGGCUGAGGUAAAUAAUUGAUCUGCGAGAGCGAUCGCAACUAGGAGAAAAACGUGGUUUCAUUUACACGUGAGCAUAAUAUUAUUUGCAGUCAAACAAAGUUGGAUGACAGUGUACAUGAGCGGACCAUUAUUUGUAGGCACUUAUUUGCAGGUCACGUGGUGAGCUCUAGGCCAAUGAAAAGGAAGAAAAAUUUGCAACGAGUGAUAAUUUCGUUUGCUUUCGACAAAGUAAGGUUAAUUCUUUCAGGACGUUUUCGUUAAAUCUAUGUCUUCCAAUUUUUACGUCUCACUAAAACUUCCGCCAUUUUACAACUAUUACUUCUGUGAACCGAACGUUUCGAAAAUAUUGUGCUGACACUAUUUAUCAGGAAAGGUUUUUUUGCCAUUUCCGUUCUCAGAUGAAGUAGCCUUUAUUUGAGUUUAUUGUUUUGAUCAUGCAGUGAUUUUUAUCAUUUGCCUCCGACAUUAUGAUGUAAAUCGUCAAUUAUAUUUGAAACUAUUAUCAAAAGAAUCUGUCGAAAUUUGUUUGGGUCCCCAAAAACAACAACUGACACUUUUACAUUUUCUAUUACAAAAAAUCGCCGAGACUGAUUUCAGUCGAAACGUUCUUAAUGUAGUUCUCAUCGAGCCUUUGUAACCGGACUUCGCGAGGAUAAUUUUUUACACCGCAAAAUAGCUAAAGGUUACGCCGUUUACAAAAGAAUAAAAACGUCUUCAUGUGCGGCUUUAUUAAUUUGAUUGACUUUGCAAAAUUAUAUGUGGUUAAUUUUCAUAACAUUUUCUUGGUCGUUACAAGUAUUAGUGAAGCUUCCGUUCACCUGCCUUUUCAUCUGAGUCGUUUGGCUGCAAGAUCACGUGAGCAAUCAUUUAGCUGCACUUUAAAGUCGAAUGGUCACGUAGCCGUAGAUCACGUGAUGAAAAGUAGCGGUCACGACUUUUGAAGACGUGGUCAACGACCCGAAGCAAUCGUCUGAAAUUGGAUUUAAGUCCGUAGAUUUUUGGUCGAAAAAAGUUGUUGAUUGCUGUUUUUGCUUACGGUAAUAGAACCAGAUGCGAUGAUCGUGCAUACAAUGAAAAUUGCUUUUUCAAAUGAUUUUAUGAUGUUCCUUGCCUUAAAGUAGCAAUUAUCAGCUCUUGCAAAUUGCAGAAAUGAUAAAUUAAAAGAUAGGGGUAUCGUUGUAGCACAUAGAAAAUUGUUCUUAUUACAAACCCUUAGUUGUAACGUUGAUUUAAUCUUUGGUAAGACAAGUUCUGUUCGAAAUUUCAAUGCCUAACAAAUUUUUAAAACUUUUAACCGACGUUUCGUUUUACUGAAAUACUGGAAAAUUUUACUAGCGGCAAUCCUCAAAGAAUCAAUUUACUCUCUAAAAGAUGGAAUAGCGUAAUGAAUAUUAUUACAUUUCAAUUUGCAUUUGAUAGACCAGAUAGCAAGCGAGAGAUUCACUUUUUGUUUGAAAAUGAUGAAGAAAGGACCAUUUAAGGUUAUUUAAAUUUUUUCAGGUAGUCAUUCUUUUGCUUUUUUUUUCUGCUGAAGUCGCACCUCGAGUUAUGUUCUCCGGGCUUUUAUAGUCUGCAAAGUUUGAGCCUAUGUAUGAAAUCCUAACGUUGAAAUCUUCAGAUGAAAGCUACUGACUACUUCUCUGUGGUACUGUUUAUUAUAUUCUGCAAGGUGCUUCAAACUUUUGAGUUUGUCGAUGAAAUCCUAAAGUGUGACCAUUCAAAUGAAAGCUAUUGAGCAGUACUUUACUAUGGUACAGUCCAUUAGCCUGUACUGCUUCAAACUUUUGAGUUUGUCGAUGAAAUCCUAAAGUGUGACCAUUCAAACGAAAACAAUACUUUUGUGUGGUAUUGUUUAUUAUACUGAAUAAGGUGGCUUGAACUUUUGAUAAGUGGGACAAUGUGUGACAUUCAAUUGAAAUUUCUUUUUGGUGUACCGUUUGUUAUGCAUUGCGAGGUGGUUCUGACAUCUGACUCUGCAGCUAAAAUGCCCGGCGUUAUACGCUAGUCAGAUGAAAGGUUCUACUUUCUACUCACAUUGUUAUAUCCCUUUUCAGAUCUAUGAUGCAGUCAUAUGUAAUCGUUGUCUCAGUCGUUGCUGGCGUAUCGGUGUUCGCUGUUCUUGUGUAUUUGGUUUUGAAGAUCUACAGGAAAAGGGAGGAAGGUGGAACGGACGCGGAAACAAAAGGACUUUGUCCUCCCAGUAUAAUCGUCACAUCGUCUAGUCCAAGCCAGUCCAAGAAGAAACUUUUCUCGCCAGCUCAAAGAAGAGCUACAUCUAAAGAAAACGAGGAAAAGGUGGCUAAAAGAAAGAAGAAAGAAAGAAGUGUGUGGCAUCCGCCAAAGAAGACGAAAGGCGUGCCCAUAAUAACAGCUACGUUGGUUCAACCCACGGUGGUAGAAAGAAGCAAGGUACGAAUGUCAAUGUCAGGAUUUAGCAAGAGAGUACUAAUUGGGGACAUUAUUUUUACGUCUCCGAAUGGAGACGGGACAGCCAUUUUGCGUGUUCAUCCGAACCACGGGAAGGUGUAGCCGCUUGCAGUGCAAAGCGAGUACCUUCGUUUCUCAUAGUUAUGUUAAGACCCUGAGUAUUGGUCGGGUCCCGGCGGGGAUCGAACCCUCGACCUCCCGCUCUGCAGUCAAGCGCUCUACCAACUGAGCUAAUCCUGUCUCGGACCUUAGGGUUUAUCCUAGAAGCGCUUUCGUAAGGUUUGAAUAAGGGCGGAUAAAGGUUGGGCGAUGAAACGAGCGCCUCCUAGCAAAAAAGAGCGAUGCAGUGCUCUGGGACUCUGCUUGGAAAUGUCGCCUGUUUUCGACUUCGGUCAGGGCUUGCGUAGUCUGCGUAACAGGCGCUUGAAAGUAUUAAAUGGGCGUAAGAAAGAAGUGACGCGCAAGGCGCGCGAGGGAGAUACGCGAGGGGAGGGAGAGCUACCUCUCUCCUCGCGUGUCUCCCUCGCACGCGCCCUUUCCAUCUUGUGGAAUCGUAAAUCUACAGAGAAAGUCAUGCUGCACGUACGCGAGUGCAGAGUUGUUGUUUUGCUUAUCAGUCUUUCUCUUGUGUUUAAUUUGCUUCAGGAACAAGGCGGAAGAGGACGACUCACCUUCACACUUCAUUAUCAUUAUCGAUAUGCUUCAAGGAGGUAAGUGCAUGUUCUUUUCAUGCCAUGUAAUGUCGGUGCAAAUGUCCUUACGGGGCUCUGUCGCGGGAAUUCUUGUUAUAAGGGUGUUGUAAUUUUGAUAAGUACCUUUCCUUUUCUCAUACUGACUUCUCCAACACGAAGGCAGAGUUCUAUUGAAGUCUUGGAAGAAAAAUACAGGAUAUGAUUUUUUUUGGCAAUUUUUCAUGAAAAAACUUGAUAAUUUACUUUACCUUUUUUUUAAAGUUGCAAUCCUUUUCCUCCUUUCCAACCGAAAAUUAUUUUUUGAUUUGUUAGCUGCUGAACUAAUGGCACUUUUUUCUAAUCAAAUAGUAAAUAGGAUGCCUCAGCUGAAUCUUGAGUGGCGAUAAAAUAGGAGAGUUGGCUGCGGGGUUGAAAAGCUGUUGCUUCCUUUGGCCAAAAAACAAACAAACAAACAAAAAACAGCAACAACGCCCCACGUGUGAAACCCGACAUCCUCGCUCCAACCCCAGUCCUCGUUUAUCAGUGGCUCUGACAACUUCGUAACUUGGUUUUUCUCAGGCAACAAGCAAACUCAGUUUUUAGUUCAUAUACUUUUAAAGAACUCCAACCAAACCUGGAGCAUUUUCUGUUUAAAUGUUGUAGGUACAUCUUUAGUUUCCUUUUUUUUUUACUCAACGGGCGGUAGACUGCGAGCCGUCUAUCUGUUUCUUCAGAUUUAGUGAGGGAAGUGCACGCGCGCGUGAGUGUUGAACGGUGAAGCCGCGAGACAUGAGAAUCGAGGGCGGCAGCCCGAGAAGAAAAAUUUCGUGCCUCUUCUGUCUCGCGCCUUCAGUCAUGCGCGUUUUCAUUUGCGUGUCUCGGGCGUUUUGCUCGACGGACCAAGAAAAAAGAGGAGACUGCUCGUAGUCUAAACGGGCGGGUGCCCUGUUUACUGAAGAAAAGUCACCUCGCCUCAUCAGACAAACGGUGCGGAAAAUGCAGAGUAUUUUCCCCUUUUGUAUUGCAAUAAUUUCUUCUCAAAACUGGUCCGCUUGAUCGCCCUUAAAUCUUUUUUAAUUUUUUUUUUUUGUUAGAUCUGUGCUUCUGGUAAAGCUUGACAGCGCGCAGGAUCUUCCUGCCAAAGAUGAUGACCUGCUACCAGAUGUUUUCGUUAAAACUCAGCUUAUUCCCAGCCGCAAACGAGUUUACAUCUCCAAAGUGCACAGAGAAACUGCCAACCCUGUCUUCAACGAAGCUUAUGAAUUUGACAUUGAGUACCCAGAACUUCAACAACAGCGGCUUUUAUUUCAAAUUCUUGACUAUGAUUGUAUGUCUCGUUACAAACCUAUUGGGGAAGUCAGCGUGCGUUUGGCCGAGUUAGGAACGCAUGGAUUUAAUAUUUUAAGAGAGAUUUCUCUCUGUGUUUAUAUUUCUAGACCUCAGAAAGAAUCGUCUCUUUGAGGUCCGUUAAGUCAGGUUUUUCGACGUAAAUUAUGUGUAUAUAGCUUUUUUUGAAAUAUUCUCAUUGUAAAUAUAGGGUAAUAAUUAUAGUACUAGAUUUUCCGCUGAAUGUAACACCUGAUAGUCUAAAUACUUCAGGGGCACCCAUCGAGACUAUAGUUUAAAACCACUUAAACAUAGCAUUGUUGAACGUAUUUUAGUAUUUAAACGGUAGAAAUAGGCAUAUUUUUAUCCCCUAAAAUUUUUUCAUCUGUUCGUAUUUCCUAGCUGAAAGUCUAGUGAUCCGAAAAUUAUAUGGAUCAAACCUUACUUUUUCGAAAAUUUCAGCCAGAAAAAAGGCUUCUGAAAAUUCUAGGUGACCUUUUUAGGGUAAAAAUCCGUUAAAAAUGGGCAAUUAUACCAUUUUUUAGAUGUUCGAAAAUCCUAGGAGAGGCAGGCAAGCAAGAAAUUUUACAACAAAUGUUCCGAAAAUUCUAGAUCUCAAAUCGUUUUCCGAACAGAUAUUUUCCGAAAAUUGAUGUUGGGUGCCCCUGACACUUGCCUAUUAGGACACCGGCACAAGAAUCGCAAGAAAAAAAUUAUUUUAUUCUCUUAUGUUGUCGCCUGAGAAAACAGCCGGAUUUCGCGACACCUCCUUUGGUUUCCCACGAAAUGACUUCUGAUGAACGACUGCAGAAAUUCCAUACUGAUGACUUGCGUGUUACUAUCCAGGGGCCCGUUUCUCCAAAGGCCCGGUAACUUUUCGGGUCCGAAGGCAAAUUUUGAAAUCGUAACCUGUUGAAAAAGUAUUUUGAAUAUAAUUUUUCUUCGAUAACUGAUAAUUUCAUUGUAUUAUUUCCAAAAUUUUUCAGACUGUAAUGUUGAAUGCAAACACGGCAGACAUAAAACAGCUUUUCGGGCCCGAAAGUUAUAUUCAGUGGUAUUUUCUUAUUGGUUAAAAAAUUGCUUGAACCAAUCAGAAGACCUACCUUGAUCUGGGUUGUCACACGUCAUCAGUAUGGAAUUUCUACACUCGUUUCUCAGACGUCAUUUCCCGCGGGAAACCAAUGGUGGCGUCCCGAAAUGUCGGCUGUUUUGCCAGACUACUCAUGUUGCUUUCACUACCAAUAUAACAACAGGCACGAGACUGAACAAAGGAAUUGGUCUUCUUGUGUCUAUGAUUUUUACUGAAAGCAACAAAAGGACUAUUUCAGUAUGAUUACGGUUUAUUUUUUGUAUUUAUUUUAAAAGGAUACUAUCAGGAGAUAUGAUCAAACCCAAAGUGUGUUUGCAACAAUGAAACAUGAGAGAAAUGUUCCUUGCUUUCUUGAGAAGUACUUUAUAAUGGCAAUAAAACUAUUUACGGUUGUCUUCGCUACGAACGAUGAAGAAGACUGUACCUUGAAAUACAGUCUAACCUCUCCUCACGGACACCUCCAUAAUACAGACACCUCUCUAUUACAGUUUCUGGUCCCAGAAAUGCCAAAAAUCCUACAUUCCCUACCACUAUAAUACGGACACCUCUGUAAAGCGGACACCUGGUUCUGUCCCUUUGGUAUCCGUAUUAAAGGGGUUUGAUUUUAGUUAGGUUAACUUUUUUUAGGUUGUCAGGCCACUGUGAUAUAGCUCGGUAACUUGUUUUCAUAUGAAGUUAUGAAGUCCUUGAUCGGUAUGACUAACAAUAGUUUCCUUUCUUGUCUACCAUGCAUUACCGUGAAAUAAAU